AUUCCAGUCCAGUGCUGUGUACAAAGGACUCUCCUCAGUCAAUCAAUGUAAGGCGUCAGCACCACGUACAGUAUAUGUACAGUAUAUGUACAAGAUCUCCCUGACUGAGGAAAUCAACAUAAAACCACAGGAUGAAGAGGAAAUAGAUGUCUGCUGUCAGUGAUGUAUAGAGCAGUGCUACAGAAAUCUGUCGCCGUGUCUGGUGUUAGUCGGUGUCGUCACAUUACCCGUGUUACAUCAGACCGGGUCUGGAUCAGUGAUAAGGAAGGCAAUCUUAUACUGACUAACACCAGAGGAGAAGAACUAGACAGUGUGACAGAUAUAGGUCGUGUUGUGGGAGGACACAGUGUGAAUUCUAACGGUGAUGUAAUUUAUAUAGACAGGGAAUAUAACAUCAUUAAACUGUCUACAGAUAACAAAGAAAAGACUACGAUAAUAAAGUACAACACAUCACCAUGGAGACUAAGGAGUGUCUACAGCUCCCCCUCCACUGGAGACCUGCUGGUCGUGAUGUAUAGACGUGAUACAAAGACAGGCAAGGUAGUGAGGUAUAACUCCACAGGAGAAAACAUCCAAACCAUACAGCACGACAACAUCUCAGGUCAGGAACUGUAUAGAUCACCUAUCUACAUCACAGAGAACCGCAAUGGAGAUGUUAUUGUGUCUGACUGGGACGUGGACCAUGCUGCUGUAGUGGUGACAGAUCGUGACGGUAAUUACCGAUUCUCCUACAGAGGUCAUCCAUCAGGAUCAGGACUAUAUCCACAUGGAAUCUGUACUGACGCGCUGUCACACAUCCUGGUGUGUGGUUGGGUCACCGACUCAGUACAGAUGUUAGAUAGUGAGGGUCACUGUCUAACAGAGAUAAAGACACGACAACACGGAAUAGACUAUCCAUGGGGCCUGAGUUAUGAUGAGGACACACAACUUCUGUGGGUAGGGGCAGCUGACAACAACACAGUCAACCUAUACAGAGUGGUAGAUACAGACUCUCUGACUGGUCUCCCUCUGGAGGAUUUCAAAUGCAGGAAACAUCCAAGCCGUCCGUUAUCGCAGUUCUGUAUCCCGUGUGACGUCACCUUGUGUCAGGAGUGCAUCAGGACCUCUGAUGAUCAUAAGAGACAUGAUGUUCGAGAUGUAGAGAAAUUAUUCAGAGAAAUUCACAAGAGAAAAGAUGGAGAUGCAGUUUUGAUGUGCCUUCUGCUUUGCCCUUCAUACAAAAUAAAUUUGAAAGAAGAACACUGGAUAAAGAAGUAUAAUGCUGUUGCUGAAAUUUUCAAAUUCAAGAAGAUUAAGAAGCCAUCCAAUCUUAGCAACUUUAAGAAGUACAAACCAAUAAUCAAGCAGGAAAAUGUGAAUCUCAAAUUUUCCUGUGAAUUCUUUAGAGACACAAGCUUUCUUAGAUUAGCUAAAGAUCCAGAUUUUGUGGAUAUUUUUCUGACUUUGGCAGAAAAAGACAACAUUGCUGAGUACUGCAGGUCAUGGGCCUAUCCAAAGAAAGAGGGGGAAGUCUUUUGCUGGCUAUCACCACUACAAACAAAACAAUUGAUAGAAAAACUUGGAGAGGAUGUUUUCAUCCACCCAACAUGGCAGGAUACAUCAAUACAUGAGGAUGUAUUUCAUAACCUUGGUGUGCCAAUGCAGAUUUUAAUGAGAGGAGAAGAGUCAGUGAAGAAUUUCAUUGAAAAUCUGAAGAAAGGGGAGACGACCAUGUACCACGCCUCUGGGUUGAUCAUUGGAUGUGCUGGAAGUGGGAAAUCAACCCUACUGGAGAGACUAAAGGGCAUCAACCUGGAAGAAAUUUUGAAGAAUUUAACAUCUACCAGGGGCAUUGACGUACAGUCUGACAUUUUUGAUGUAACAGACACCACAAUCAGAGUAAACACAUCAAACCAAAGACAACGCUUUAAAGUUAAAAUUGAUGAAUCAAGCGAACAAAAGACUAUUUCAAAGCAGACUGUAAAAGUAGCUGGUGACAUAAAAAAGCUUGCCAUCACAGAGACAGGGGAUCAAAUGGAUGCAGCCAUAACAAACAAAGAAGAAUCGGUUAGUGAUAUUGAAUUUCCACGUGAGAACUUGGAUACAGAAUCUGAAUCACUCAAAGGAAAUGAAGCCGCUGCUUUCGUGGAUGAAGGAGAAAUGAUUGAAGACAAACAAAUGGUUCCUGAGAAUUCAGAAAUAUCAGGAAUUUUAAGAGUUUCCAAAGAUGUUUUGGAUGAUCCAGAGAAAAAAAUUACUAUGGUUGACUUUGCUGGACAGUGUUCAUAUUAUGCCUCACAUCAGAUAUUUCUGAGUCCACGGGCGUUCUUCAUUCUGGUGCUGAAUAUGGAAAAGAAGUUAGAGAAUAAGGUUGAAAAAGAAGUCUGUAGCCAGGAAGGUUCCAUUUAUGAAGGGUGGACACACAAAGACUAUCUAACAUUCUGGGCCAAGUCCAUUCAUCAAUACAGCAGUGAAAAGGCUCCUGUUUUACUGGUGGGCACUCAUGCUGAAAGGAAGACAAAAGAGGAGAAAGAAAAGUUUUUUCGUGAGAUAUGGACGAGCUUGGAAACAAAGGAUGCGUCUCUGCAAAGGCAUUUUGACAGGAAAAGGAUGUUUGCUGUUGGAUUCCACGAGAAUGAAUGCAUUGAAAAAAUCAAGCUGUCAGUUGUUGAUGUUGUCAAAAACCUUGAUCACUGGGGUGAGAAACUUCCAUACUCAUGGGCGAUGUUUGAAAAAUUCUUCCAGGAAAAGAAAAACCUUAAAAUAAUCAACAAAGAGACACUUUUGGCUUUCAAUGAAGCAUUGCCACAGGAAAUGAGGUUGGAAACAGUCGAACAUAUUCACACCAUGCUGCAGUUUUUCCAUGACAUCAGAGAAAUUUUACACUUUAACCAAGAAUCUCUCAGAGGAAUAAUAAUUCUUGAUGUUCAGUGGUUUGCAGAUGCGUUCAAAAAUGUAAUCACAGAUAAAAACCAUGCAGCAGAAGAUUUAUUUAAGCUUGCCUCACAAUGGAACAAAUUUAAUGAAACUGGAGAACUGAGUGACACACUGCUGUCUGCGAUAUGGGAAAUGAACAACAAUGGGUACCUUGAACACAAAGAAGAUAUCAUGCGCUACAUGGAGAAGCUAGGACUCCUGGCUAAAACGAAUGAAAACAAAUGGUAUGUUCCCUGUAUGAACAAGAGACCAUUUCCUGCAGAUUGCUUUUCAUUAUACCCUGCCUCAUCCAUCCUCUGCUACACGUUUGAUGUUCUUCCUGCUGGAAUUUUCCAUCGUCUUGUAGCAACUUGCAUGCAGAUUCCUUGGGAGAUUUUUAAUGAUGGAGAUAGAGGAUGCAUAUACCAGACUGCGGCCGUUUUCAUGUUUCAUGACCUGUGCCAUAACAUUCUGAUCGGAAUGACCCAAACAGAGAUUCAGCUGCAGGUGUUUGUUACAGACAGAGAGGAAGAAGUUGAUGUCUUAACGUGUCACCAGAUCAGAGAAAGAAUUGAAAGUAUACUGAGCAAUCUUGCCAACACGUUUCAGAAAAACUCUGGAUUCGAUGUUGCUUUCAAAUGCAAACCUGUUGGAUUCUGUGACAACAAAGAAAGCGCUGUCAUAAAGGAAUCUAUGUUUACAAGAGCGAGUUUUCAAUGUCCAUCCUGUCCAGCGAAUAAAAAGCAUCCAAUAAACACAAAAGAUAUCACAAAAUAUUGGAAAAAGGAGCUUCAAAAGAGGUCUCAUCUUAAGGAGGAAAACGUCUCAGCCUUAGAACUGAUUUUAAAUGUGGUUUCAAAGAAAAUGCGUGACACAACAUGCUUUCUAUUGGCGAGGCAUUUUGAUGUCGAGGAAGACACUUCCACAAGAAAUUUUGAAGAGCAAGUAUUUAGAAUUCUAUACAAGUGGUUAUGUAAAAAUCCCAACAUCGACCACUUGAAUGAGUUGGAGAGAAUUCUAAAAGAGGCUGACCAAGGGAGAGCUGCAGAAUAUGUUAGGGCAUUCAAUAUGGCGGAUUUUCAAUGCAAAGAUGUUCCGAGUCCGAGUCUGUCGGUGUCUGAGAAAGAAUUCCAUAUACUGUCUCAAUAUCUUCCGAAAAAUUACACUCACUUUGUGCGACUUUUGGGCCUUCAGCAGAGAAGUAUAGAAAAGAUUGAGGAAAACUUUCAGAAAAUAGAGAAGAGGGUAUAUGAAGCUCUCUUACAAACAAGAGAGGAAUGUCCGGCUCUAUGCCGCCAGGACUUGUGUAGAGCAUUGACAUUUCUAGAGCGAAAUGAUGUCAUUGAGGCUCUGAAAGCUUUCUGGAAAUUGUAACAGGAAAUCUUGAAAUAACGAUUCUACAGUCUUAAAAGACCAAAAAAAAAUUAAUGUAAAAAAUUUUUAAAGAUAAUUUUAUACAGUCAUCUUUAUUAUUUCUAAUUUU